UAGCUGCCGGCGAUUCCGCUGUAAAGUGUCUUGCCGAGUGAGAAUUGUUCCUAAAUGACGGCCGAGGUUCAGCAGCCGCCGGCUCAUAGCACGGCCCAGAGCAGCCCCAUGUCUGCAGGCACCGAGAAGCCCAACAAUCAGACCUCUGUGAUGGAAUCAGCCAUCUCCACCACCAAAACUAAGAAAACAAACGCUGGCAUACGACGCCCGGAGAAGCCGCCGUACUCCUACAUAGCCCUGAUUGUGAUGGCCAUCCAGAGCUCACCAACCAAGAGGCUGACCCUGAGCGAAAUCUACCAGUUCCUCCAGAGCCGCUUCCCCUUUUUCCGGGGCUCCUACCAAGGCUGGAAGAAUUCGGUGCGUCACAACCUUUCCCUGAACGAGUGCUUCAUCAAACUGCCCAAGGGUCUGGGCAGACCGGGCAAAGGCCACUACUGGACCAUUGACCCCGCCAGCGAGUUCAUGUUUGAGGAGGGUUCCUUUCGACGCAGACCAAGGGGCUUUCGCAGGAAAUGCCAGGCCCUUAAGCCAAUGUACAGCAUGAUGAACGGAUUGGGCUUCAACCACAUCCCAGAGACCUAUAACUUCCAGGGGUCAAGAGGACCCAUCUCCUGUGCUCCAAACGGGCUUUCUCUAGAUAGUAGCAUUAGUAUGAUGAAUGGACAUUUGUCCAACAACGUUGAUGGGAUGGGUUUACCAGGACAUUCUGUCUCUCACCUCUCGACUAACAACGGGCACUAUAUGGGAAGCUGUACAGGGUCUUCGGUAGGAGAUUACCCCAACCACGCCGACAGCUCGGUGCCCGCCUCUCCCUUGCUGACCGGCGGUGGGGUGAUGGAGCCUCACUCCAUGUAUACUACCUCGGCUUCAGCAUGGGCUCCAUCGGCCUCCGCACUCAACAACGGGGCUCCUUACAUCAAACAGCAGUCUCUAUCACCGUGCAACCCGUCGGCGAAUCUAACUUCAAACCUGCAAGCGCACUCCCUAGAUCAGUCCUAUUUACAUCAAAAUAGCCACAAUGCUACCGAUAUACAAGGAAUUCCGCGAUAUCACUCGCAGUCUCCCAGCAUGUGUGACAGGAAAGAAUUCGUCUUCUCUUUCAACGCCAUGACGUCCCCUUCAAUGCAUCCAUCAACUAAUGGAUCUUACUAUCAUCAGCAAGUGACUUACCAAGAUAUCAAACCUUGUGUAAUGUGAUACUAUAUAGAGAGCCCGUGGAAUAUGCUCCCCCGGCCUUGCACUGCCACAGCUCCAUCAGCAGCAGCGGUGCGUUCUAGUCCAUAAAAAAAAACUUUAUUUGGAUCCUUAUUUAAAGCGAUAAGUGAAUCCAGGAUGAUUACUAGAGAAAGAAAAAUACCAUUUGUGAAGGCACU